CAACACCCCUGCCCUGUCCCCACCGCCCUCCCCGGAGCCCCACUUGCCGCCGCAGCCGUCGAACUCCCAGGGCGCUGUGUCCCUUCUCCCGCGGAGAGGAGGGCGGGAGCCUCAUAUUGGCAGGAGGUGGCCGAAGCCACCUGUUAAACUUGGGUCCUGCGCAAAGUGACCAGUAGAUUUUCGUCCCCACCCCCGCUCCCCAACCCCUGACCCCCAACAGAGGUGACCCACUACUUAGGCAUGGGACACCGGCCCCUUCCCCACUUCCUGUGAUUGAGCCAGCGGCUGGGGUUACUGUGGGGAUGCCUGUCCAUCACCAGAAGUCAGACUCUUGGGAGAUGGACCCUGACUUGUUGCCCGGCUGCAGGCUCGGUGACCUGAGCAGAGGAAGCAGUCUGGAGAGUCGGACCAGCAGCUCUCGUCCCAGAAGUCUCACUCUGGACGAUGAGAGCCUGAAGUACCUCACACAUGAGGAAAAGGACGUCCUCCUGUUUUUUGAAGAGACGAUUGAUUCCCUGGAAGACGACUUUGAGGAGCAGGUGCUGUGUGAUGGUGAUGCUCAGGGCCACUCUCCGCGGUCUCUGGAAGAGAGCGCUUCUGGUCCCUCCGAGCCAGAGGAUGUCGUGGACUUAGUGCAGCUGGGCCCUGGAGCCGGGGAACCCGAGAGCCUUCGGGAUGUGACGGAGGCAGCAGGGGCUGGCGCUGUUGGAAAGGAAGACACCCCUGUCCUCAGGAAAGAGGAUGCUGAGAAGUCUCCCCCCCCAGACCUCUCAGGUCCCGAGGCCCUGCCCCUGCCGCCUCCCUGUCCUGUGCCCGCAGCAGCCCCGGCCCACCCCGGGAGAGAGCCCCCUCCUCCUCCAGCAGAGCACCCCAAACUGGCCCGCUCGGUCCCCACUCCGCUCGUCAUCGCCCAGAAGAUGUCUGAGAAGCUGGCAGGGAACGAAGGGCUCUCGCCCACAUCCCCGUCCAAAGAGGGCAGGCCUGCAGGAUGGAGGACGCUGACUUCCGUGGCCCCUCGACACGGAGACCACUCGCUGUGGCACAGACACGCCGCACAGCCGGUGCCCAAGAUCCACCGCUUCCCAAGCAACAUCAGCGUGACCAACAGCGCGGGGAAGGCCUUCAAUAAGACUAUCUCCAAGGCCGCGGUCAACGUGCAGGAGCGCAAAGCCCAGGUCCUGGCCAACAUCAAUGGGGUCUCCUUCCUCUCCGUGGGGGAGACGGAGGACCGGGCCCAGAGGAGCGAGCCCGCCGAGCAGAGGAGAAGCGUCUCCCCGGAGCAGAGCCAGCCGGGCCCGGCCCGGGAGGCUGUUCCCGCGCGGGCAGGGGCGCACGGCGGCCAGCAGUCCAGAGGCGUGCAGACGGAACAGCCCCUGCCGAUGGCCAACGGCUUCCAGAGCCUCCACGACAUCCUCAAGAGCCAUCCCGGGCCCUUUGUCUCUACAGGGAAGACGGUCACCUUCCGUCCGGACCCGGCCCUCCCCAGCAAACUUGCUCCCCGGCAGCCAGACUGCGGCCAGGACGCCAGGAAGCGGUCGGGCUCGCUCCCCCGGGCUGUGGGGUUCAGACCCCAGGGCAUCACUGUCCAGUUCUCGGGCCGGGGCUCCACGGAGGAGGCCCGUCGGGAGGCCCUGCGGAAGCUCGGCCUCCUGAAGGAGAACUUGUGACGGAGAGUGGGCCGCGCUGGGGGAGUUACUGUGACCAGGUACGUGUGGCCCAACAUGGAUGUGCGCAUGCGCACAGCGCAGUAGCAAAGCCCGGACUGCGGAACCCCGUGGAGGACGAGCGAUGGGGGCCCGGGAGUCAGCAGACUGGCUGCCCCGCUCUGGCCCCCAUCCGAGCUGGGACAUCCUUCCGAACGAGAGCGUCCCGCACCACAUCUUCCCGUUUCCAAGAGCUCGGAGAAUAACCUUGAACACCUACAGGUUUCAGUGAUUUGUAAAUGCCUUAUGUUUUUUGGAUCUAGGAGGAGGGGGAUUGGGUCUGAUUUUUUUGUUAUUGAGUCUCUAAUCUAACCUUUUAUCCGACGUGCAUGACACGAAAGCCAGUUUAGAUCUCUCAUACUCGUUUCUAUAAGAAAGGGACCGUCCCCUCUCCAAGAAAAUAAAGAAGUGCUUAUUCAAUUUUCAUAGUCUCUUAAAAUACUGUUUUGGUUUUUUGUUUGUUUUUGAAAGGUGAAAGACAGUAUGUUAGCCUAAAUAUGCCUUUGUUUCUUGGUCUAAUUUGGUUUGCCCAGGUUUUUUUUUAAUUGAAAAUUGAAGCCUUUAGAGUAUGAUUUACUGUAACAUUGAGUUAUGGGAGUGGAAUGGAAAGGUUGAGUUUGGAAAAGGUGGUAGUUUUAAGAAAGUAAGUCUCAUCAGACUACAGAGUCUGUGUUACUGGGAGAUACAUAUAUGAGCGUGUACUGUGUAUAUACAUGUACAUAAUAUGUGUUUAUAGGUACAUAUAUGUUAUAUACAGAUAUAGAUGGUGUGCACACACAUUCAUUAUUACAUAUAAACUUCUUAAAACCCUAUUACAUAACUACAGGAUGCAAGCACUUCCUAUUCUUUUGAUACACAAGCCAUCUCAGUAUUGAGAUAAUGACAUAGAAAUUGUUACUUCCUAAUAAGGAAGUCUUUUAAGGACACAUCUCCAUAACUUUUCGGUGAACCAAAGUGCUUUUUCCUCAACGUGUUCUGUUCCCAAUUAAAGUAAUAGUCCAAAUAAGCUUCCAACUAAGCAAGAGAGUUCCUUUGUUAGUGAAGUAUGCUUUUAAAGAUGUCAUUUAUCACCUAAUUUUAAUUUAUCACCUAAUUUUAGUUUUGCAUGUUCCAAGGUGGCUGUUAAACAGAAGAAACAAAAGAUUCUUAACAUCCCCCAUGUUCUGUGAGCAAGAUCUCAGGAUUAAUUUAAAAGGGAAAAAACAGCGAACUAAGUUACACAGCAUGAAAAGAACUGGUUUUGUCCCAGACAAUGUCUUACAUGCUGAGUUGUAACCACAAGCAUUAUUAUCAAAACUAUUUCAGGCUGGAGUCUAAAACCUCUUAAAAUAGACCCGGAAGGACCACACUUGAAAGUCACACCCUUUUGUUUUGUGUCUCAGCCACUGUCACAGAAUCUGUUUCUUUCCUGUUGAGUAGUAUUUAAACUCAAACUUCUAAAUGUGCUGUGAAGGAUGUUUUUCAUAGUAUUAAUUUGCCUUGUAAGUUACAUAAAAUGAUUGUAAUGUUUUCCUUAGAACGACAGUAUUUAGUGUCUUGCCCAGGCCUUGUCCUGUCGAAAUAAUCUCAUAGAUUCUUGAUGGUCUUAAUUUAAAUAGGUGCUUUGAUCUUACAGGUUCUUAAAAAUAGUCUUUAUUUUACUCCUGUUUGUGUUGGAUUUGUUUAAAGGAUUCUUGGGCCCUGUUAUUUCCUUUUUAUAUAGCGAGAUGCCAUGUUACACAGUGUUUAAAAAUAGAGGGUCUUGAUAUGGCUAACAUUUUAAAUAUCCCUUAUAUUUGAGGAUUCUUUCUUUUUUUCUUAUCCUAUGACUUCGUUGUGACUAAGGUGAACUUUACUAUAUGUUAGGAUAUUUGUUCUCAUAAUGGCAUUUUUGAAAAAUAAAUUUAGAGAUCUUAAGUAUA